GACCAGGUUUUUUUGAUCAUUUUGUAUUCUUCCUCUCUGCUUUUCUGGUCUCCUCUUAAGGCUCUACCCUUGCUUCCAUUGAAUUGUUGCUCAUCCAUUGUUAAAAAUUAGAAACCAGUUUUUAUAAAAUAUGGUUUGGGGUUUCUUCCCCGUCGAUCCUCUUUCAGGCGAGGAGAAAUUCUACAUUUUUGCACCUGGAAAGUAUAAAGUGGGUCGUAAAGGCUGCGAUCUGACUAUAGCAAAAGAUAAAGGGGUUUCCCGCAUCCAUGCAGAAAUACUUGUAGACGCUAUGAUCCCUUUAAAUUCCCACAAUAGUCACUUAUCUAACAUUUGCUCUAAAGUGAGGAUUAGCGAUUGCUCCAAAUAUGGGACAUUUGUUAGAAGGAAUUCUGGGUUGAAGGAGAAACUUCAUGAGCUGUCGAAAAAAGAAGCAAGCUUGUGUGAUGGAGAUGUGGUUUCAUUUGGAUCUGGCAAUGCAACCUACAGGUUCUCCUUUGUACAACUCUUGUUUUACGUUAACCGGUCAGAGUCCUUCCAAUCCCAAUUGCUUAGGGACAAGGUUUCGUCCAUCGGUGCUUGUACUUCUCAUGAUAUUCAGGAGUGUACGCAUGUGCUUGUAGAGGAACUAAUGCCUUUUAAUGAAGCUCUAGUUGAUGCCAUCGUGGCUGAAAAACCUUUUGUUCUUACUAGUUGGGUUGAGUUAUUUGCAGGAAAAACCACCUGCAAUGAGAUUCCAUCCUUUGAUUCCUAUCAACCAACAAUGACUGUGGAAGGGAUGCAUGUCAAAGUUGUUGACCCAAGCACUCGUAAAAACUGUUUGAGUGGAUACACUUUUUUACUAGGGUUGACACAGAUGCAGUACAAGUAUGGGGAUCGGUUGAAGAUGUUAUUACAACAAGUUGGUGGUGCGAAUGUUUUGUCAAUCGAGGACUUCUCUUCUGAUAGCCAAGAUUUGGGUAAUGGAGAAAAUGAUCGUGUAGUAUUCGUUAUGCCUGGAGGAUCAGUUGAAAAGUGGGAUUCAUCCUCUAAGGUUGAUUCUUAUUAUAAAAUAACCGAGUUGAUUUUGAUAUCUUCUGUUUUGAGUGGAACACUAGACAGAGACAAUUUGAUACAUCCCUGUGAACCUGGUUCCUCUACAUGCUCCACUGAUGAGACCGUGGUAGCAGAAUCCGAUCUUGAAACAGAAACAAGUAAACCAGUUGUUUCUAAUGUCCAAGGGCCAGAUGAAUAUCUAAGCAAAUCAGAUGAAUAUUUAAGUAGAUCACUGGUGUCUGUUGACAAUGCUACUACUGGAUCAUUGGGUGGCCAUGAAAUAGUAAAAAAUAGUAGCAGUGACAUCGAGAUGAGAAAAGACAAGAUCAAUGAAUCCGACAACAGAAACAUAGACAUUAUAUUCAGUCAAAAUUUAAUUGUGCAGCAUGCGACGAAAGCCUCCACUUUAGUAACUGCAGAAAACAGUGGGAUUACAAACUUCAAACGAUUCAGAAAAACACAAACUCACUCUGGGAAUAGCUUUAGCAAUCUUGUCCCAUUUGAUAAGUAUCCUUACAAGGAUAAUGGUGAUGGGAGGGAGGAAAUUGCUGAGUCCUUGAAAGAAGAAAGAAGGCGGAAGGAAACAGAAGCUAUAGCAGAAGAUUUAUUUCAUAAUGAGAAGGGACGGCGACGUGGAAUGGCGGGUUCUCUUCAAGAGCUUUUUACUCGUUCUUAAAAGCAAAUAUUUAGGUUUUCAUCAAAGAAUGCUCUCUCUCUCAAGACGUUCGUGAUGGUCUCAUGUCAAUGCAAAAUAGUUUAGUCUUUUCUUGGUCUGUAUUUUGGCAGUCAUACACAAAGAGUACAUUAUUUGCAGGAAGAAUGCUAUCGGCCAAAUUUGGGAUGUCGAUAUAUUAAUUCUUCUUUUCCACAUUGCCUUUAGUUUUGUAAGUAUAUAUAUAUAUAUUUAAUCUUUACUUCGGAGGUGAUGUAUGUCUAAGGACAUUAUUAACCCAGAUAUUACGAGUAUAUUAUUAAAUGUGGAAUUUAAACAUUUGAAUUUUAAA